AUGCCGUUAUGGGAAGCCCAAGAUAUCGCGAUUUUGAUACAACAAAAGCAGCAAUAUCCGCAUGCGUCUUGGGAAUAUAUUGCGCGAAUAAUUGGCAACCGCCACACACCUUCAGCCUGCAAGGCACGAUAUCGUCAAUACAAGCCACCGUUACCUUCUCAUUGGACUCCAACUCAGCGAUAUUACCUUGCAAAGCUGCGCGCAUCCAAACCCCCUUUAUCAUGGAACGAAAUAACUUCGCGGGUGGAUCAUCCGCCAGAAGAAUGUGAGGAGGUUUAUCGUCACCAGAUAAACCAUAGAGAAAUCGUUUAUGCCAGAGGAGUUGUGGAAGGGGAAAUUAAAAGAGCAGAGCAAAUACAGCUUAAAAUGGAUUUGCAUCCUAUUCGAUGGGGUCCCAUCGUAGGUGAUCGGCGCAACAAGCAUUGGACCCAAGGGGAGCUGGUUACUCUGAUCCGCAUGCGCUUGAGGGGUCAUCAUUUUGAUGACAUUGCUCAAGAAUUGCACCGUACUAGCAAUGGUGUAUCAUUCAAGUGGUACAGUUUUAAAUACUGA